ACUCUGCUUCUUUUUUCCCAACUUUUCCCCUUCCUCGAUCUCCCGCCCCUUUCCUCAUUCCCUCGCUCUCUUAUCUCUACCAUCGCCACAAUAUAUUUGAGAACCAAAUAUCCAGCAUGCCAAAGUCCUUCUCAUCCCCGAGCCUGAGGAGCCAGGCCGCUUUCCACCUCUCGAGACAGGGUCACAGGGCCACAAGGCUAAGAAGUACAUCCUCCAACCUCCCACGACGCAAGCGUAUACUUGUUCGCAUAACAAAACUUCUCAUCCGAGGGAUCGUAUUCCAGCCCGACAUAAUUUUCCGGACAUCCAUCCUUCUCGUACGUGAUAAAGUACGCGCAAUUUUGCGCAUCAAUGUCUGCAAACUCAAACGACUGAACCCCGCCGUCGGUGUUGAUGCACCCGCUGUCUCCGCUCCCCGUGUGCGUGAACCCUCCGGCGCCGCAGUUGGUGCUGGUAUAUGUGCUCACGGUCCAGGCGUGGGUGGUUGUUGCGAGGAAGGAGCAGGAGAGUGUAAGGAUGGCGGCGAGGUUGGAGAGCUGCAUUUUUUUUUAUUCUUCUUCGACUGCUGUUCCUCGACUGCUUUAUUGCUUAUUGGAGAAUUGAUUAGCUAUGAUAGGCCCCCUAGUCAAGGGUUGAUUGGCAAGGAGUAUGUAUGUGUGUUUGAAAAGCAAAAAGGGCGUACCUCUGGUAUAUAUAUUCUCUAUUUAUUCCUUCGGCCUGGAUCUAUAGCUUCACCAAUCUUAGGCGCCAAGGGAUCAAGCUCUGAGCCUAAAAGUUGCUCCUGGGAAUAACAAAGUUUUGAUCAACGCGUACAGAGAUUCGAGCAGAGGAAGACAAGCUGUUUAAAUAGAUAACUAUUCAAUGGAACUCCCGCA